AUGUGGAAGCUGAAACUUUCAGAGAGCAAAGAGGAGGAGUGGGUAAACAGCGUCAAUAAUCAUAUUGGAAGACAGUUCUGGGAAUUUGAUCCACAACUUGGAACCAAAGAAGAGCGAGACCAAGUGGAACAAGUUCGUAAUCAAUUUAACGAGAACCGCUUCAAAUCUAAGCACAGUUCUGAUCUCUUAAUGAGACUCCAGUUUGAGAGGGAAAAAGGCUUAAAGGUGAAACCAAGAAAAGUGAACAUUCAAAACGGAGAAGAUAUUACUGAGGAAAUUGUGGGAACCACACUGAAGAGAGCUUUGAGAGCUUACUCAACACUGCAAGCUGAUGAUGGUUUCUGGCCCGGUGACUAUGGCGGCCCUUUGUUUCUUCUACCUGGUUUGGUGAUUGGAUUAUCGGUGACUGAGGCCCUUAAUGGAGUCUUGACACCGCAACAUCAAAGCGAGAUGCGGCGCUAUCUGUUCAAUCAUCAGAACGAAGAUGGAGGGUGGGGAUUGCACAUAGAAGGGCCAAGCACAAUGUUUAGCACUGCUCUAAGCUAUGUCACCUUGCGAUUGCUUGGAGAAGACAUCGACGGUGGAGAUGGCGCCAUGCACAAAGCAAGGAGAUGGAUUCUCGAUCGUGGAGGAGUCACUUUUAUUCCUUCCUGGGGGAAAGUCUGGCUUGCAGUGCUUGGCGUAUACGAAUGGAGCGGUAUCAAGCCAAUUCCGCCAGAGAUAUGGCUGCUUCCCUACAUUGUUCCUUUGCACCCAGGAAGGAUGUGGUGUCACACACGACUGGUGUAUCUACCGAUGUCGUUUUUAUAUGGUAGAAGAUUCGUGGGUCCUAUCAACGCCAUUGUUUUAUCCCUCAGACGAGAACUCUACACCCUUCCCUAUCAUAUCCUUGACUGGAACCAGGCUACAAACCUUUGUGCCAAGGAAGAUUUGUACCAUCCAUGUCCAAUGAUCCAGGAUCUUUUAUGGGGUUUUCUUCACAGUAUAGGUGAAACUCUUCUUCUGCACUGGCCCUGCUCCAAGCUUAGGCGGAAAGCACUCCAUCAUGUAAUGCAGCAUAUACACUACGAGGAUGAAAACACAAACUACAUCUGCAUUGGUCCCCUUCAAAAGGUAUUGAACAUGCUUUGUUGUUGGUUGGAGAACCCCAAUUCUCAGGCAUAUAAGCGUCACGUUUCAAGAAUCAAAGACUAUCUCUGGGUGGCUGAGGAUGGAAUGAAAAUGCAGGGAUACAAUGGUUCUCAAUUUUGGGAUGUCGCUUUUUCUGUUCAAGCAAUAUUGGCUACCAAUAUGGAGGAUGAAUACGGUUCAAUGCUUAAGAAAGCAAACAAUUUCAUAAAAUGCUCGCAGAUUCCAGCAAACAGCUCUGGUAAUCCUAGUGACUGGUAUCGCCACAUUUCUAGAGGUGGUUUUCCUUUCUCAACUACAGACAAUGGUUGGCCUGUGUCAGAUUGCACUGCAGAAGGCUUGAAGGCAGCCAUUCUGUUAUCAAACUUACCAUUUGAGACUGUUGGGAAAGCAGUGGAAAAAGAACAGUUAUAUGAUGCAGUUAAUUUGAUUUUAUCAAUGCAGAAUAGAAAUGGUGGAUUUGCAUCCUACGAGCUCACAAGAUCUUAUGCAUGGCUAGAGAAAAUAAAUCCAGCUGAAACAUUUGACGAUAUCAUGAUCGAUUAUCAGUACGUAGAAUGCACAUCAGCGACGAUUCAAGGUCUUGUCUCGUUCACGAAACGAUAUCCCGAGCACAGAAGGAAGGAAAUAGAAACUUGUAUUGCUAAGGCAUCAAACUAUAUUGAAAGCAUACAGUUAACUGAUGGCUCAUGGUAUGGGUCAUGGGGAAUAUGCUAUACCUACGGAACAUGGUUUGGAAUAAAGGGACUCAUAGCUGCAGGUAAGAGGUACCAAGAUAGCCACAGCAUUAGAAGAGCAUGUGAAUUUUUGCUUUCUAAACAGCAUCCUUGUGGUGGGUGGGGAGAGAGCUAUGUCUCAUGCCAACACAAGGUAUACACAAAUCUUGAUGGUAACAAGUCUCAUGUAGUGAACACUGCGUGGGCUAUGUUGGCACUCAUUGAAACGGGGCAGGCUCAAAGAGAUCCAACACCGUUGCAUCGUGCGGCCAAGGUGUUGAUCAAUUCACAAAUGGAAAGUGGAGAGUUUCCACAACAGGAAAUCAUGGGAGUCUUCAACAAGAAUUGUGCUAUCAGUUACUCUGCAUAUAGAAACAUCUUUCCCAUAUGGGCCCUUGGGGAAUAUCGAAAUCACGUACUGCUUUGUCGGAGCAAAGGGUCAAGAGCAAGUGCAUAA